AUGAAGCCGACCUUGUUGGCUACGUUGAAGAGCAACAACUAUUUGCUUAACUGUCUUCUGGCCAUGUCAGCACAGGAGCGUGGUGGCUGCUUCGGGAUCAACAUCCGCGAAGACGGCACUGUUGCCGAGGGUUGCGUGGCCAACUGUGCAAUCGUGACUGCCGACAAGGUUUUCAUAACGCCUCCGUUUGAGGGCAUCCUUGCCGGAACAACGGUACGCAAGGCCAUGGACUUGGCAAAGAAGCACCUCGUGGGAGAGGGGAAGGUCUUGCGCGAGAUCCGCCAGGAGACGAUGCACAAGGAGCAGCUCUUCUCAGCGCAAGAGGUGAUUAUGUGUUCCGGCGAUCUUGGCAUUAAUCCCGCGAUAACACUGGAUGGCCAGCGAGUGGGCAAUGGGGAGGUUGGCCCUGUGGCCCGUGAGCUGAAGCGCCUCAUAUGGGAGGAUGCAUAUGAUGGCGCGGAGGAGCACAUCCAACUGUCGUACGAGUGA